AGAAGAAGAAACAUUAAUGUGUGACGUCAUUAUAGGCGCGCCAAAUCCAACAAAACUAGGAAGAGUGUUGUCAUAGUUGAAAAGGGUAAGAGUAAAUUUUAGCCAGUGGUCAUGGAUCUCAGUUCCUUUGAAAUGGACAACUCUGUCAGCUGCCGCCUGGCUUCUCAGAUCCCUGAUGUCUGCAGGACAGAGGACUGCUGUUUGGGCAUUGACGAGGCAGGAAGAGGGCCUGUGCUGGGGCCCAUGGUAUAUGGAAUAUGUUUCUGUCCAGUUUCCAGAAAGGAAAAACUGAAGGAGUUGAAAGUGGCAGAUUCAAAGACCCUAACAGAGGCAGAAAGGGAGAGGCUUUUCCAAAAACUGGAUGAAUCUAGAAAUUAUGUGGGCUGGGCACUGCAGAUUCUUUCACCGAACACCAUCUCCACCAGCAUGUUACAGAGGACUAAAUACAACCUGAACGCCCUUUCACAUGAUACAGCUAUUGCUCUUGUGCAGUAUGCCUUGGACAAUGGGGUACAGCUCAAAGAGGUUUAUGUGGAUACAGUUGGCCCAGCAGAGAAGUAUCAGGAGAAACUCUCUCAGCGGUUCCCGGGGAUCGAGGUGACUGUUAAGCCAAAAGCGGACUCCCUCUUUCCCAUCGUCAGCGCAGCCAGUAUCUGUGCAAAGGUUGCCAGGGAUCGUGUUGUAAAAGGAUGGAAAUUUAAUGAGGACCUGGGAGACGUGGAUCCAGAUUAUGGCUCAGGAUACCCAAAUGACCCCAAGACUAAAGCGUGGCUGUUGAAGUACCUGGACCCGGUCUUUGGUUACCCUCAGUUUGUUCGCUUCAGCUGGAGCACUGCCCAAACCCUGAUGGACAGCAAAGCGGUUCCUGUCCACUGGGAUGAUGAUGAGGAGGAUGGGGAGAAGGCGGCACAGCGGCAGAACAACAAGUCUAUGCUGUCAUACUUCAGUGCUUCAGCGGGGGGUAAUGACCAAAGCCAGACCCACAAGACACACCGGUUCUUCACUGAGCGGAGGUUGAGGAGCCUCAACACACUUUGAAGACACACUAAAGGAUGUGCUUACACACACAGUAUGAUGAGCUCUUUGGGAGCUCUUCAUAUACAACCAAAUAGUUUAGCUUUUGUCACUGGGAUGGACUCAAAUACUGCAGAGGUGAUCACCAGUGCAAACUUGGAACAGUCUGUCCAUUUUUGUCCUGUUUGCAUCCAUGUUUAUACAUUAAAAAAAACUUUAAAAACACA